AUGAAGUUCUUCUCUGUUGUCUUCGCCAUCGUCUCGGCCUCUGCUGCCAUGGGCGCUGCCGUCCCCGAGCCCGAGAUUCCCGGCAAGCUUGUCAGCCGCGACGAGUUUGAGCUUGCUAUCCGCCAGGUUGGCUGCUCUGCUUGUGUCCAGGGUAUCCGAUGCUGCAACGGUGCUUGCAUCCGUGGCUGCUAA